UCUUCUCACUCAGUGCCCAGGUCUGACACAGGCAGGAGCUGCAGUGCAGCCGAGCUAUUCCCCCUCCACAAGGGGCAUCUCCAUGCCUGCCUGAGCCUUGCACACUCACACACUCAUACAGGGACACUCACCUGGAGACAGGAGAGGGGGUGGCAGAGAAGAUGCCAACCCCAUGAGCAUGGUGUCCUCGGUGGCACAAUGACGGUCCCUUUACUGAAAAUCGGGGCCGUGCUCAGCACUAUGGCAAUGGUCACCAACUGGAUGUCACAGACUUUGCCAUCACUUGUGGGUCUGAAUGGCACAAGAGCUGGCACUUCUGAGAAAAUUACUCUCUUCCCCAGUCCUGAAGAUGGGUGGCAAAUUUACACAUCAGCCCAAGCACCAGAUGGUAAAUGUAUCUGCACGGUGGUGGCUCCAGCACAGACCUCCUGCUCCAGAGACCCACGGAGUCGGCAGCUAAGACAGCUGAUGGAGAAGGUUCAGAACAUCUCACAGUCCAUGGAAGUCCUAGAUCUACGAACAUUUAGAGAUCUACAGUAUGUACGCAACACUGAGUCCUUAAUGAAAGUCCUGGACACAAAGCUGAGGGCCACAGACAGUCAGAGAACUAUCAAUGCGAAAAGCUUCCAGGAACUAAAGGAUAAAAUGAAGCAGCUGUUACCCCUAAUCCCAGUUCUUGACCAAUACAAGUCAGACACCAAGAUGAUUGUCCAAUUAAAGGAGGAAGUGAGGAACCUCUCCAACGUCCUGCUUCUGAUACAGGAGGAGAUGGGGGCUUACGACUAUGAGGAGCUGCAGCAGAGAGUGAUGAUCCUGGAAGCCCGGUUACACGCGUGCAUGCAGAAGCUGGGUUGUGGAAAACUCACAGGAGUCAGUAACCCAAUCACAAUACGUGCCUCGGGGUCCAGGUUUGGAUCUUGGAUGACGGAUACUAUGGCUCCUAGCGCAGAUAAUAGGGUCUGGUACAUGGACGGUUACCUAAAAGGUCGAAGAGUCUUGGAAUAUCGCAGCCUCAAUGACUUUAUUAAAGGGCAGAACUUCGUUCAGCACCUCCUCCCUCAUCCUUGGGCUGGCACUGGACACGUGGUUUACAAUGGCUCUCUGUAUUAUAACAAGUACCAGAGCAACAUUGUAGUGAAAUACCACUUUCGAUCACGCAGUGUCUCUGUCCAGAGGAACCUCAACAAUGCUGGCUACAACAACACCUUUCCCUACUCCUGGGGUGGGUUCUCGGACAUUGACUUCAUGGUGGAUGAGAAUGGGCUUUGGGCUGUCUACACAACCAACCAGAAUGCAGGAAAUAUUGUUGUCAGCAAGUUGGACCCCCAGACCCUGGAGAUCCUCCAGACCUGGGAUACCGGCUACCCAAAACGUAGUGCUGGAGAGUCCUUUAUGAUAUGUGGCACCCUCUAUGUAACCAAUUCUCAUUUAGCCGGAGCCAAGAUUUACUUUGCGUAUUACACAAAUUCUUCUACUUAUGAGUACACAGAUAUUCCAUUCCAUAACCAGUAUUCACACAUUUCUAUGUUGGACUACAACCCCCGGGAGAGAGUCCUCUACACUUGGAACAACGGUCAUCAAGUUCUCUACAACGUCACUCUGUUCCAUGUUAUAAAGACUUCUGGAGAGUGAUGCAGACUGUGUAGGACAAUCAUCUCACCUCCUUUUUGUUUUUUUUUUGUUUAAUUCUUUUUACAGUCUGAUAAUUCCAGUUAUUUCUAUAAAACGCACAGAACACAAAAAGACUUUCACGUGGUUGAGUGAGCAUGGUAUUAAAUAAACCUUUUUUUUUCCAGUGGCAAAUAAAGACAGUAUUUGACAUUG